AGAGCAGAGAGAAAGAGGCGAGGCGUUUAAUAUAGUACCUCUCUUCGCCUCUGUUUCGUUGUGUUCUGUGUCUUUCCCCCUCUAUUCCUCCGCGCCCCUCGUGUUAUUGGAGAAUACAGAGAGAGAGAGAGAGAGAGAGAGAGAGGGGUGGGGCGUGGCGUUCGCGUUCUCUCUCGUUUGCAUUUUCCUCCUCUACGUCUCUCUUUUGCCGAUCUAGAAACAACGACGAGAUCGGCGUCGGAGGAAAAAAAACUUCUCUUUUUUCGAGAGGGGGACCCUCACCAGCUCUUACCCGAUUCACAAAAACAGGGAGGAAAAAAAAGUAAAAAAAAAAGAAAAAAAAAAAAGUUCAUCCAUUCUCCAGGGAAAAAGAAAAUAUCUGUCUUUGAUUCGUCGGGUUCGCUCCUUUUAGCUCCAAAGUCCCGAACGAUGGCGGAACCAAACCCACCCAGCACCACCGCCGGCGGUAACGGCGCCAACGCCAAUGCGUCGUCGUCGCGGCGGCUGCCGGAUUUCCAACAAUCGGUGCGGCUGAAAUACGUGAAGCUGGGGUACCACUACCUGAUCUCGCACGGCAUGUACCUGCUGCUGUCCCCUCUGAUCGGGCUGGUGGCCGUGCAGCUGUCGACCUUCUCCGUGGAGGACCUCCAGGAGCUGUACCGGCACCUCCGGUUCAACCUGAUCUCCGUGGUGCUCUGCUCCGCCGCGCUGGUGUUCCUGUCGACCCUCUACUUCCUCACCCGGCCCCGCCCCGUCUACCUCGUCGACUUCUCCUGCUACAAGCCCGACCCCGCCCGCAAGUGCACCCGCGCCAUCUUCAUGGAGCGCUCGGCCCUCACCGGCUCCUUCACCCCCGACAACCUCGACUUCCAGCGCAAGAUCCUCGAGAGGUCCGGCCUCGGCGAGAGCACCUACCUCCCCGACGCCGUCCUCAACGUGCCCCCCAACCCUUCCAUGGCCGAGGCCCGCAAGGAGGCCGGCGCCGUCAUGUUCGGCGCCGUCGACGAGCUCCUCGCCAAGACCAACGUCAGGCCCAAGGACAUCGGCGUCUUGGUCGUCAACUGCAGCCUCUUCAACCCGACCCCCUCGCUCUCCGCCAUGGUCAUCAACCACUACAAGCUCAGGGGCAACGUCGUCAGCUACAACCUCGGCGGGAUGGGCUGCAGCGCCGGCUUGAUCUCCGUCGACCUCGCCAAGGAUCUCCUCCGAGUGCACCCCAAUUCCUACGCUCUCGUCAUCAGCAUGGAGAACAUCACUCUCAAUUGGUACUUCGGCAACAGCCGCUCCAUGCUCGUCUCCAAUUGCCUCUUCCGGAUGGGCGGGGCCGCCAUCCUCCUCUCCAACAGGCGGUCCGACCGCCGCCGCUCCAAGUACGAGCUGGUCCACACCGUCCGAACCCACAAGGGCGCCGACGAUAAGUGCUUCAGCUGCGUGACCCAGGAGGAGGACUCCGUCGGGAAGAUCGGCGUCUCUCUCUCCAAAGAUCUCAUGGUGGUCGCCGCCGACGCCUUGAAGACCAACAUCACCACGCUGGGCCCGCUCGUGCUGCCCGUCUCGGAGCAGCUGAUCUUCUUGGCCACGUUGAUCGCCAAGAAGGUGUUUAAGAUGAAGAUCAAGCCCUACAUUCCCGAUUUCAAGCUGGCUUUCGAGCACUUCUGCAUUCACGCCGGCGGGAGGGCCGUGCUCGAUGAAUUGGAGAAGAACCUGCAGCUCUCGGACUGGCAUAUGGAGCCGUCCAGGAUGACGCUCUACCGAUUCGGGAACACCUCCAGUAGCUCUCUGUGGUACGAGCUGGCGUACACCGAAGCCAAAGGGAGGAUCAGGAAGCGGGACAGGAUCUGGCAGAUCGCAUUCGGGUCGGGUUUCAAGUGUAACAGCGCGGUGUGGAAGGCGCUGAGGACGGUGAAUCCCGCCAAGGAGAAGAACCCGUGGAUGGACGAGAUUGAAAACUUCCCGGUUCCGGUCCCAAAAUUCUCGGCGAUUUGAAGACAGGGAGGGAGGGGGUUUGAGAAUGCCUGUUGUUUAACAAUUGCUUGCAAUUUGUCUUUUGAUCUUGUUGCAUGAAUUGCUGUUGUUUAUUCUUGGAUGAUGAUGAUGAUCAUCCUUUGUGGUUUUCGCUUCCAUUUUAGUAGUUAUUCACUAGGCGAUUCAGGGGCUCGGCUUAGUAGAGGGGGGGUAAUUUGGUAGGGGAUGCAGCUUUGAGCCUUAUCUUUUGUUUAGGAUAUGAUCAUGGAUUAAUUGAGAGAGAUUAUUAUUGGAGGGUGGAUGAGUGACAUGCGAUGCUAUCUAUGUAAUACCAAACCCUGUAGCGUUGGAUUCUCCAAUCCCUAUUAAUUUUGUUGCCAUAUGUGAAUCCAAUUUCUCUUCAUAGAGUUCUCGUG